AUUGGGAAGUUGACGUGCGGACAGCUGUCACUCUUGAUGAGACCUGAGGAUUUGAACAUUAGAUUAUUUCUGACCAACAAGGCUGCAUUUAUUCAGAGCUCAGGCACCAGGCUGAGGUGAACGAUGGUUCAUGGCAAGUGUGAGUUGAUCGCUCUGUGUCUGGGCAUCGUCGGUCUGAUCGGCAUAGCCGCCGUCACGGCUCUUCCUAUGUGGAAGGUGACGGCUUUCAUCGGGGAGAACAUCAUCGUGAUGGAGGUCCGCUGGGAGGGAUUAUGGGUGAACUGUUUCAGACAAGCAAACAUUCGCAUGCAGUGUAAAGUUUACGACUCUCUGCUGUUCCUCCCGUCAGAACUGCAGGCCGCCCGCGGGUUGAUGUGCUGCGCCCUGGCGCUGUCCGGGCUCGGCCUUCUGGUGUCUCUCACCGGCCUGCGCUGUAUCUCCUGUCUCAGGGAUCAACCGCGGGUCAAAAACAUUAUUGUGAUGGCAGCAGGAGCGAUGCAGAUCUUGGCAUCUGUAUGUGUUCUCAUCCCAGUCUCCUGGACCGCUCACACCAUCAUUACAGACUUUUACAACCCUUUACUCAUUGAUGCCCAGCGAAGGGAACUAGGGGAGGCGCUUUAUAUUGGCUGGAUCACCAGUGCCGUCCUCUUGGCGUCUGGAGUUAUAUUUCUCUGCUGUCGCCCUGGUUAUUCAAGCAAUAAACACACUUUAAACUAUGCUCACCCUCAUGCCAACACCUUCGGGUAUGUAGGAGACCAGAACAACAGCCUCUCCAUAUAUCCAUCUGUGCACAGCUUCACCAUCACACCAUCUUUCAGUCAACAUUCUUACGAUGGGCAGCCAUUGAAUGGGCCUUUCGUUCACAACCAGAACAUGGUACCACCACAGAACGCAAACACAUUUGUCUCACCCCGUAAUGUCCAGUACCCCAAUCAGCUUUCCUCACACUUUACAGGAAGCAUUGGCAGUAAUCCGUACACUUCCGGCACCUCCAGGACGGCGAUUGUCCCACAAUACUCAGUUUUCAUAGGGUACAACUAUUCCAGAGUGCAGUCUAGCAGCUCGGACAGUGGAUCUGGACUGCGUAUAUAAUGUGCAUAAAGCAAUAUUAAACAAACUCUGAAGACAAACAAGUAAAGUAAAAUAGUAAAUGUAUGCACAAUUUGAAAUCGUAUACACAGUGCUGAAAAAUGAGACUGGGACCGUUUGCUUGUUAUGCCAACAACAACCUUCAUUUCACAUUGAGGCAUGUGGGCAGCAAACAUUGAAUCAGCAUAUGGCACAUUAGACCGGUUUUACCCACGAGAUGGUGUUUGCUAAAGCGGCUGUUUGGAGGUGAUGUGAUAUUUUCUGUUUUAAAUGAACAGACAUUGUUUGGUCUAGAGAGAAUGAAAAUAUUGAGAGACAGUCUCAUGGUUCUUUGUUUGGACCUCAGCCUCUUGUACAUUGUCCUGCUUUGUAUUUAUGCAUGAUUUGAAUGGGUCUUUAAUGAAAUGUUUUUA